AUGAUUUUGUACCCUUUUACAAGUUUACUUUUCAAGAAGGUCAGCUGGCGCACGGUGAGCAAUGAAUUUUUUGGCCCUCAGCCCUGGAGCAUACCGGACAGUGAUAACCAUCAGCAGGGUCUCUGUGAGCCGAAUCGAGAAAAAACAGUCUGCACGGUGAUAAAUGAAAGCAAGAGUACGAUGAUAACAUCUGAGGAGAGCCGAGAUUAG